UCUCACAUGAAAAUCUGUGUUUCUUGCUUCUUCACCUUUUGUUUCCCCAAAACAUGGCGGAGCAGCUCCAUCCACCACCAUCAGAAGGGCACGAACCACCACCACCCCAACCCGCAUCAGAAACGACUGAAAUUCAUCUCAACCAAGAAUCUCAUGCCCUAGCAAUUAUCCCCAUAGAACACAGUCUUCUUUCUACGGAUCCUGAAAUCGAAGAAUGGGAAACAAAACUACGAGGUUGGCUUCAUACAGUACCCAAACGAAGAAACGUAUCUGCGGAAGAGAUGGAAUCUUGGAUCAGCUCAAGUGGAAUUCCAUUACCUCAACAACUCCAAUCUUUACAUCGUCUUGAACUUUAUCAAAGAGUUCUCAAAAUUCAUAAACUUAUUCGUCGCCCUAAUCAGGUGAAGGAAGGUGGUUCGCUAGAUCAGUCACAAGCUCGAUUCCAAAGAACUGAUCAGUGGAUACCAGUUUAUUCAUGGUUAGAAUCAUUGGAUAGAAAUGAGGUUGUUAAAUCUAAAGAAAUUACCGAGUGGUUAGAUGAUAAUCCCGAGAUUAAAGAUAACUUGUAUGGAAGACAUUCUCGUUAUCAUUUGAUGCAUUAUAUUCAGAAGUGUCACAUGAAGAUAUUGAAGAGACAAGGCAAAAUUCCAAAGGUAGUCAAGAAAGUCUCCUCCCUAGUAACCCCAGUUAAGUUCCUCAGUGACACAGUGAUCCAGGCCCCUAUUGCUGCAUCCCCAGCAACUCCCUUGAAUACCAUUCGCAACAGUGUGACGCCACCUUCUAUGACAACGCCACAGCCAAAGGUUCUUAACAGCACGGUGACACCGUUAGCAACUCCUCUGUCUCUUCCAGACAAUAUCUCAAGCAAUCUAUUCAAAAGUAAUGAGGUUGCCUUAGCUAAAUAUGGUGAAGCUUUAAGCAAAUAUGAACUGUUAACUGAUUUGGAGAACCACCUCACCAGUCUCGUGUCAAGACAUAAACAGGCAAUAAACGGCUAGGAUAUUGAUGCAUGGAUAAUGUAAAUAGUGUUAGUGGGCUGGGUUUGUAAAACUUAACGCACACCUAUAUCAGGAACACUGUUCUGAAUGAUUCCUUUGCACCAUUCUGAAAAUAGGCUCUUCGUUCCUUGCUCAUGUUAGUUAAUUGUUGCAUUUGUCAUUUAUAGUUUUCUUGUUGAUUAUGCACGGCUAGGUAGUGAAGUUGCUAAAUUGCCUUGACGACUUGAUUUCGGAGCAGUGUUUUACUAAGCACCCUACCUGCGAGGGAGACUGCUAUAGAGGUUCCCCACACAAAUAUGGCAGUUCCACUGUAGAUAUAUGGUCUUAAGAUUGCUGGGAUUCUUGUGGUCAAGUCCUAAAGUCUCAACUGUUUUACCGAGAAUAAGCAAUUCAAGUAUUCAACAAUCCAAAAUUGGGUUAUCUGAUGUUGAAGUUGAACUUCAUGUAUGAAUUCUUGUUGUAUUAAUGAAGACUAGAGGGAUUUACAAAA